AUGGAGAAGCGUUGCUGCGGUUGCUGCAAGAUGAAGCCGCUGUGUUUGAACUUUGCCAUCACCUGUCUGUGGCUUCUCCCCUCAGCGCUCCAAGAAACAGCCAAGCCCUUGGGUUCUCAGGACCAGCAAUGGGAGGAAGAGGAAGGUGGAAGAGAAGGUGCAGUGGGAGCUGCACUGAAGGUUAAACAUAUCUCCAAAGAUUUACAGAUCAUUUCUACCAAACAAAAAACGCCUGCUUACAGCUCAAUGGGCCCGUACGGCUGGCCACAGAACUUCUCCCAAGCCCUGGAUCAGUAUCUGUACCGCCCUCCUCCCAAAUCCAAACCUCCUGCCAAAACAUCCCCAAAGGCCAAGAAGAUCCUGGGCUGGGGCGAUUUUUACUUCAAUGUGAAAACGGUGAAGUUCAGCCUCCUGGUGACAGGCAAAAUCGUGGACCAUAUCAACGGGACUUUCAGCGUCUAUUUCCGCCACAACUCCUCCCGUCUGGGGAACAUAUCCGUCAGCAUCGUCCCACCCUCCAAAACUGUUGGAUGGGAAGCUCUGGAUCCUGCAACUCAGAGCGCUCACAACAGAAACUCAGUCCUGGUUCCGGAUGUGACGCCUCAGUUCCAGAGUCCCACUCAGUCCACCAGCUCCAGCCCUCAGAAGCACCAGCAGGACAUGAUGAUGGUCACCGAACUCAACUGCCGGGUCGAGUACCAGAGAACCAACCGGUCCAAGAAAACCAAGCCCUGCAUGUACGACCCGGGGCAGACCUGCUACUCAGAAAACACCCAGUCCCAGGCAGCCUGGAUCUGUGCCAAACCCUUUAAGGUUAUAUGCAUCUUCAUCGCCUUCACCGGCACCGAUUACAGGCUGGUGCAGAAAAUUUGUCCAGACCACAACUUUCAGACGGAGCAGAACCAGCAGCACUUUGGAUGA